AUGAAUAAAUUAUACAGAGGUAGGAGGAGAACUAGUGGUAUUAGUAAGAAAGUUGGAUUAAAGUUGCUUGAUGACAUUGUAUAUGCGAGGGUCAACGUUGAGUUUGAUAAGGCAAUGACAAGGAUGGGAAAUUUCAGUCCUGAUUUACUUCAGUGGCUUAACAAUCAUUGUGAUAUUCAUAAGUGGGUAAUGAGCAAGUUUGCAUAUAAACGGUGGGAUAACAUAACAACGAACAUUACUGAGUCAUUCAAUGCUUGGAUUGUAAAGGAAAGGUGGCAUAAUGUUGCCCAACUUAUUCAUGAACAUCGUGAGAAGGUUGCAAGGAAGAUGUUCGUAGCAAGUGUGGCAAUGAGGAACUGGAGAAAUGGUGUGGGUCCAAACAUUGAUGGAAAAGUGAUAGAAAAUGUGGCUAGAUCGAUUCAUAUGCAUGGUGAAUCUUAUGGAGGUGGCAGGGUCUGUGUACAUACUUCGCGUGGAGCCUUAUAUGUCAAUGAUCAGUCACAUGAAUGCACUUGUGCUGCAUGGCAAAUGACAGGGAUUUCGUGUCCGCACGCUUGUGCUGCAAUAAGGGUGGUUCAUGCAAAUGUGUAUGAUUUUGUGGAGGACUGUUAUAAAAUAACAUCCCAAGAGAAGAUUUAUGGGAACACCAUGAUUCCAGUAGUGACAAUUGACAGGCCUAAUCCUAAUGAUUAUAUGCUGCAAAAUAUAAGAAACCAAGUGUGGCUAUAUCCACCUACAACUAGUAGACCUUCGGGAAGGCCAAGAAUUAGGAGGCGGAAAUCCCAAUUCCAAAAUAGGAAGAUUUACCACUGUGGACAGUGUCAUGAAGCUAGGCACAGUAAAAGAACAUGCAGAAAUCCAAACCCAAGUUAA